CUUUCCUGUGGACUUUUUUUUUAACCCUGUGAAGGAGUUACACAGUGAAUUCCUUGUGGAGGAUGAAUCAUCUCUCUCUCGCCUGUAACACAGCCUGUUUCUCAGCUCCUGCCCCUGGCUUCGUUCUCCCAAGGAUUUCAUCGGGAGGGCGGGACGUUCUCUCCCUCCCACCACCCCCACCGGAGCCUGCAAUCGGGACCAAUGAAAACCAAGUGCCUCAUCCACCGGUGGUGACUAAGAAUCAGAGUAUUUAAGAGUUCGCAGGAAUGGGCUGAGAGCUGUGUGUGCUUUCUCCCGCAGACGGGGCACGCUCUCAUCGGAUCAGGGCCCUCGCUGAGCCAAGCCGCGGAGUGAAGCGGAGGGAAAAGAAAGUCCAGCAGCAUGUGCUACGGGAGAUGCGCGCGAUGCAUCGGACAUUCGCUGGCGUGGCUCGCCACCCUCUGCAUUGUUGCGAAUGUUUUGCUUUACUUUCCCAAUGGGGAAACCAAGUAUGCUUCUGAGAACCAUCUCAGCCGCUUCGUGUGGUUCUUCUCCGGUAUCCUGGGAGGGGGCUUGCUGAUGUUCGUGCCGGCAUUCACCUUCAUCGGGCUGGACCAGGAAGACUGCUGCGGUUGCUGUGGCCACGAAAACUGUGGCAAAAGAUGCGCGAUGCUGUCUUCUAUACUGGCCGCACUCCUCGGGAUUGCAGGCUCUGGCUACUGUGUCAUUGUGGCUGCGCUGGGCUUAGAGGAAGGACCAAGAUGCAUGGAUGCCAGUGGCCAGUGGAACUACACCUUUGCCAACACAGAGGGAGAUUACCUUCUGGAUAGCUCCACAUGGUCCACAUGUGUUGAACCCAAGCAUAUAGUGGAAUGGAAUGUUUCUCUGUUUUCCAUCCUCUUGGCACUUGGUGGGAUUGAAUUCAUCUUGUGUCUCAUUCAAGUAAUAAACGGAAUGCUUGGAGGUGUCUGCGGUUAUUGUUCCUCUCGCCAACAGCAAUAUGACUGCUAGAAGAAUUACCCCAAGACAAACCUGAAAUCUCCCUCAAUGUCACUGUAAUUUAUAUAUUUUACUUGUAUUAAUUUGUAAAACUUUGUACUAGUGUAUCAUACACCACAUGUUCUACUUUUAUAAGUGUGUAUAAAGACUGGCAUCCUCUCUGGAUAUUGGUGUUUGAACUUAGCAGAGAAAUUCUUUUUUAUUUUUUUAAGAGUAAGAAAAUAAACCACACUCUGGAAUUAAUUGAACAGACUGACAGUUCUCAGCCCACCUGAGAUAAACUCUGGCUGAAAUCAUGUUUUUGAGAAACAUUACAAGGAUAAAUAUCACAUUCCAGUUACUAUUCUAUAUAUUUAUAUAUGCAUGCAUUUAUUAAAUGAAAGAUUUCUAGUUGCUUUUUUUAAAGACCAUUAUGGAGAAAAUCCAACAACCUGAAAAGAUAUAUUUUUUCACUGUUUAUAUGGUGUUUCCCAUUUGUAUGCAAACCUCUAACAAGGGGCCUUUUGAACUGAUUCCUGUUAUGAAAGAGACAUGUAAUUCCCUAGGUUGGGGGUUGGGAGGUAGAUUGAGAAUACUUGAAUCUAAAUAAAUGAAUGAGUCAGAAUAGGCAAGACAGUGAGUUAUUACAAGGACUACCAAAUCCUGAAUUUUUCUGACACUUGGAAAACUUACUGGCCUUCAAAGACAAGACUGAGGAUCAUGGAUGUAAAAAGAGGAAGGCCUGGACAAGAAGGAUGGGAAAUGGAAUAAAGCAGUUGAUCACCAUGGGAAUGCGGGGAACGAGGGGCGGGAGGACCAUGAGCAAAUACCCGCCGAAUUUACUUGUUUCAUACAACAAAUAAAGCCUUCACUACCGUU